AUGGAACCGGAGAAAGCUGACAAUUCCUUAAUGAACUUGUCAUUGUGCUAUGAGCGGAAGCCUCAAUUCGAGUUCAAGUGCGUCCUUGCAGACAAUUCAUUUUCCCCAUUUGAACACUUGAACGUGUCUUCCUCUACAGAGAAGUGUCAUCCCUUUCGCAAGGAGAUUGGUGCCUUGAUCGAUAAUCCUCCGGAACAUAGUUUUUGGACAUCAUUCACCAAAGAGGACACUUCAAAGGACUGCAUGUGGGUCGAUUCUAGUUUGCAGUUGAGGGAACUAGCAAACAAGUUGGCAGAACAAAACGUUUUUGCUGUUGACACGGAGCAACAAAAUUUACGAUCGUAUUUGGGUUUUACUGCACUUAUGCAGAUUUCUACACGAGAAGAGGAUUACUUAGUGGACACGGUUGCACUUCACGAUGAAAUGGCCCUUCUUCGUCCUAUUUUCAGUAAUCCAAGGAUUUGCAAGGUGUUUCAUGGGGCUCAAAAUGAUAUUAUUUGGCUGCAAAAGGAUUUCCAUAUCUAUUUGGUCAAUAUCUUUGAUACAUACACGGCAUUUGUAUCAUCUGUCUUAUCUAUGCUAAACCUUUCACUGCAGACUCGUGACUGGACAGAGCGACCACUCCCACCAACGAUGUUGCGAUAUGCAAGAACCGAUACGCAAUAUUUGCUUUGGAUUGCAGAUGUUUUGACUGCCGAGCUCAAAGAAGUUAAAAAGUAUGACGAGUCUAUUAGGCGGUCCAACAAAGUGUGCUUAACACUAUAUGCCAAAGGACAAGAAGAUUUCAAAUUAGCUAAUCGGGAACAAUAUGAUUGUCGUGAACUUGCUUGGAAACUUUGUAUAUGGAGAGAUCUGAUGGCACGGAUUCACGAUGAAAGCAGAGAAUUUGUGUUAUCUAAUGAGGUUAUGCUUAAAUUUGCUCGGAAAGUUCCAACCACAUACGAUGUGUUUAAAUCAACCGAUGAUGCUGAUCAACGAAUAGGGGGGAAAUUUGAUAAGGUGUCGGCAAUUUUCCUGUGUCAUUACGACGUUUACUUCAACCAGAUCAUGAGAGACAAGUCUGUAGCUCUUGAUACCGCUUUUCCACUUAUUCUUCAAAAGUGUCUGGGUAUGAAUGGAACGUGUGUGAUUAAUCUGUUGAAUUGUUCUCUUCUGGGAAAUUUCAUAAUUAUUCCUUUUUCCCCUCUCGUGAAAAAAAGUGGAAAACAAACUUCAAAGGUAUCACAGAUACCUAUACGCAAGCCUGACGUUGCUGUGUACGAGAGUGACGGAACGUUGAAGUUUUGGUGUAACCAUGGAAAAGGGCAGUGGUAUCUGAAGAUGGGGCUUGCAGAACAGACUCAAAUUCAUGGAGAAUAUGCUUUACAGAUUACAGUUGAAGACUGA